AUGGCCCACCAGAAUAGUCGCUCCUUCCGACACGUGGAGUCUAUAAUUUGUAACCUGACCAGCUCUGCCAAAAGUCAGCGAUCCAAGGAGGUCCUUUGGGACACCUUCAACCCCUGUGAGGUCGUGAUGAGCCUGGGGUUCAUGCAGGUGUCGGUGUGGCUGGUCAGCCUACUAGCCGUCCUUGCUAACCUCCUGGUCCUGUUGACCAGCCACAACAAACUGACAAUCAUCCGCUUCCUCCUAUGCAACCUUGCCUUGGCAGACCUCUACAUGGGCAUGUACCUCCUGCUCACCGCAUCAGUGGACCUCUACAUGCGCUCCCGGUCCCACCACUACGCCAUCGACUGGCAGACUGGCGCCGUCUGCCAAUUGGCCGGGGCGCUCACAGUGUUCGCCAGCGAGCUGUCAGUCUACACGCUGGCUGCCAUGUAG